AUGACACUCGCUCCGAAGGAACUGUCCAACCUACUGAGCAUCAUCUCUGAAGAGGCUUGCACGAACUCCUUCGAAAGCCUCUCCACUCACUUUCAUCAUUACUUCGGGAAAGCGGAGCACUUCAGGGUGGGCUCGGUGUUGGUGAUGCUUCUGCAGCAACCGGACCUGCUGCCCAGCUCCCCGCAGCGGCUCAUCGCCCUCUACCUGCUGUGGGAGAUGUACCGCACCGAGCCACUGGCCGCUAACCCUUUCGCCGCUGUUUUCGCGCACCUGCUGAACCCCGCACCUGCCGGAGAGGAGCAGGAGAAGGUGCUGUCCGGCUUCCUGCCUCCCAUUACCCAACCUGAGAAGUUCUUCCUGUCCCAACUGAUGUUGGCACCUCCCAGGGAUCUCUUCAAAAAGACACCCAGACAGGUGUCCUGCAUGGAUGUUGGCAACAUGCCCCAGUCUGUAGACAUCAGCGGGUUGCAGCUAGCGUUGGCAGAGCGUCAGUCAGAGUUGCCCACUCAGAGUAAGGCCAGUUUCCCAAGCAUUCUCAAUGAUCCAGACCCAGACUCAUCCAACUCAGGAUUCGACAGCUCUGUGGCCAACCAGAUCAUAGAGUCUCUGGUCACAGGCCCACGCCCUCCGCUGGAAAGUCACUUCCGCCCUGAGUUCAUCCGGCCGCCGCCUCCUCUCCACGUGUGUGAGGACGAGCUGGCGUGGCUGAACCCCACCGAGCCAGAUCACAGCAUCCAGUGGGAUCGCUCCAUGUGUGUGAAGAACAGCACCGGCGUGGAGAUCAAACGCAUCAUGUCCAAGGCCUUCAAGAGCCCGCUGUCUGCACAGCAGCAAUCACAGCUGCUGGCUGAGCUGGAGAAGGACCCGAAGCUGGUUUACCACAUCGGUCUGUCUCCGGUGAAGCUGCCUGACCUGGUUGAGAACAACCCGCUGGUGGCCAUCGAGAUGCUGCUAAAGCUGAUGCAGAGCAGCCAGAUCACAGAAUAUUUCUCAGUGCUGGUCAACAUGGACAUGUCGCUGCACUCCAUGGAGGUCGUCAACAGGUUGACCACAGCUGUGGAUUUGCCUCCUGAGUUUAUCCACCUCUACAUCUCUAACUGCAUCUCAACCUGUGAGCAAAUCAAAGACAAAUACAUGCAGAAUCGUCUGGUCCGUCUGGUCUGUGUCUUCUUGCAGUCGCUCAUCCGGAACAAGAUUAUCAAUGUUCAGGACCUCUUCAUCGAGGUUCAGGCUUUCUGCAUCGAGUUCAGCCGCAUCCGCGAGGCCGCCGGCCUCUUCCGCCUCCUCAAGACUCUGGACACUGGAGAAAACCCCACCGAGGCCAAACCUGCCAAAUAAUACUCGUCAUAGAUGCUACACGGGCGGGACUGAAGCAGCAGCUAAACGAGGACGGUUUGCUCUAAUGCACACUCGUAGUGUCCCUGUACAUCACAGAAGGAGAAGACUGUGCAGCUCAGAGGAAAUACUGUAAAUAUGUUAUGAAGUCCUUCAAAUUUGAGUCAUUGCUCUAUAUGCUCAUCUUCUACAGUCCAGGUCUGGCUAAAGGACAGCAGCAUUUCCUUUUUUCCCAGUGCUCUCCCCUUUGGAAAAUGAAACCUCCUGAGUUUGUUUCAUUAAAGAGAUUGUUUAUUUGA